GGAUGGGCCAUACACAUUCAAAACCCUCCUCUAUGGAGGAGGCCAGAAGGGGCUACCCAGGGUAUCGACACGGCACGAAAAGUGUCUCAUCCAGCUGAGAAGGUAGCAACUCCGGUAUCCAGCAAAAAUGUCCGACAAAACCCCCUUUGAAACGGAUAUGCUGACGCUCACGCGAUUCGUUAUGGAGAAGGGGCGACGCGUUAAAGGAGCGACGGGGGAGCUGACACAGCUGCUCAACUCCAUGCUGACUGCCAUAAAGGCCAUUUCCUCGGCAGUCAGAAAGGCAGGCCUUGCCCACAUGUUUGGUAUAGCCGGCACCGUGAACGUGACUGGUGACGAAGUGAAGAAGCUGGAUGUAUUAUCCAACGCCCUGGUGAUUAACAUGCUCCAGUCCUCCUACAGCACCUGCGUUCUGGUCACGGAAGAGGACAAGGAGGCCAUCAUCACCCCGAAGGAGAAGCGGGGUAAAUAUGUGGUGUGCUUUGACCCCCUUGACGGCUCAUCCAAUAUAGACUGCUUGGCACCGAUAGGAACGAUAUUUGCUAUCUACAAAAAGGAAACAGACGAGCAGCCCUCUGAAAAAGAUGCUUUGCAGCCUGGACGCAAUAUUGUUGCAGCAGGCUAUGCCUUGUAUGGCAGUGCUACGCUGGUCGCCCUCUCCACAGGGCAAGGAGUGGACUGCUUCAUGCUCGAUCCGGGUCUCGGUGAAUUUAUUUUGGUGGACAGAGAUGUUAAAAUCAAGAAGAAAGGGAAGAUAUACAGUCUCAAUGAAGGUUAUGCAAAGUAUUUUGAUCCUGCAAUGACAGAAUAUUUACAGAAGAAGAAAUUCCCUGAGGAUGGCAGUUCCCCAUAUGGUGCCAGGUACGUGGGCUCCAUGGUAGCUGAUGUUCACCGUACAUUAAUGUACGGUGGGAUCUUCAUGUAUCCUGCUAAUCAGAAGAGUCCUAAAGGAAAGGUAAAUCUUUUAACUUACUCUCUGGUCAACUUAGUCAACCUAAUAACUCUGGUUUUCCUGGAGAU